CCAAAUUCAAAGACCUAUUCACAGAGCGGCAGACAUUCUGUAUCAGUAGAAGUUCAGAUGCAGAAGCAACGGCAAGAAGAAAGAGAGAGUUUCCAGCAAGCUCAAAGGCAAUACAGUUCAUUACCCAGACAAAGUCGGAAAAAUGCAAGCUCUGUAUCUCAAGAUUCUUGGGAACAGAACUAUCCUCCUGGUGAAGGUUUCCAAAGUGCCAAAGACAACCCUCGGUACUCCAGUUACCAAGGCUCUAGGAACGGCUACCUGGGGAGCCAUGGCUUCAAUGCUCGAGUCUUGCUUGAAACACAAGAGCUCCUCCGUCAGGAACAGAGGCGGAAAGAGCAACAGCUGAAAAAAAAGGCAUCUUCCGAAGGACCCAGCAACUAUGACUCUUAUAAGAAAGUUCAGGACCCUAAUUAUGCCACUCCCAAAGGUCCUUUCAGGCAAGAUGUACCACCUUCACCAUCUCAGGUUGCUAGGCUAAACAGAUUACAAACACCAGAAAAGGGAAAACCAUUUUAUUCUUUAGUUGAAGAAAAAGGUCAGCGGCCCAUGCAAUAAAAGAACUUUUUCAUACGGAGAGACCUGCAUUAUGGAAAGAAGAAAAAGAAAAGGAACUUCAUGUUUCAAAUGGAGGGACUCUGGAAUUCUUGUCUGUUUCAGUGCCUUUAGCAAGAUGGACAAAGAAUUGGAAGGCCUUACAUUUUUGCCAUUACGUCUCAAGUGUUAUAUCCACAAAAGGAUUAUCCAUCAUUUGACAAUCAUAUUUAGGCAAGCGAUGAGUCUUAGCUAUCAAGUGUCCUAGCCAGUCUUUGUUAUCAAUGACUGCUCACCAGGUUACACUGUUAAGUGUUGUUCAACUCUUCAAGGAGAGACUGUUCUAGCAUAUAGCAUUGAUUGUUUUCUAAUUUAAAAUCCCAUUGCCAUAUCUUUUAUUGUUUCCCUUAGGCUGAGGGAAGCAGGUACCUAUCAGUUAUAAGCAGUGAGCCAGAAAUCUACAGGUCUCUAGUCCUUGUUGCUUUAUUUCUGAUAAUUAUUUAAAUGUCUGCUAAAAUACUGUUUUUCUGUGGCUGCAUAUGGUCAUUCUUGAGUUCUAUACAAAGCUUUAUCCUCAUUCAUUUAUCCCAGAUAUCUUGUUGCAUUUCUCUCAUACCUUAACAAUAUAUACCUUUUAUUAUCAUGAGAACAUUGUAUUUAUAAUUAACAUCAGCUAAUGGUGGGGGAAGUGUAUUGUUUGUGUGUAGAAUGGUGGGGAGAAAAAGAAUUCUCCAGAUUGCUUUAGCAAGUAUGUUUUUUAUCAAAUGUUCCUCAUUAUGUACAAAUUGAGCCCCCCCAUGAAUUAUAGAUGAACAAUUGCUCAGUUAUUCCAUAUUUUCUGAUAAUUUAAUUUGUCAUUAUUUUGUUGGAAGGAAGAAAUGCAGGACAAAAUAAAAUGAAAAUCUAUUUUUUGAAUUAAAACUAGCUUUUUUAAACCUGUCUUUUUGACAGUUUGUAAAAAUUUGUGGACAAUUUGUGCUGUGCUUCCAUGUUACUGCAUUUUGCAUCUUGGAACAACAUUUGAAAUCGAUCAAUAAAAUAUAAAAUGAGAGAUAAAUGGGAGAAAAUUGGUAUGCAUCAUCAUGAAAACACAUUGGUGUUCAAAAACAUUUGAAACAAAGAGCUAUGAGAGAUAUAUUUUUAAUGUGCAUUUUGGGUAUACAAAAUUUUCCUUUGCAACAGCUAGUUUUGUGUUUGAGGGUCUGAUCAUUCAUGUAUUGUGUUAUAAGUGCCUGUAAAUCCUGAGGUGAAAAAGGCUUGAGAUUUAAAACUCAGCAUAUCAUAUUUAAAUGAACAAAAAAGAAAAACCAUGUAUUAUUGUAUGUGAUUGGUAAUUUGCCUUUAAAAAAAGGAAGAAACCUGGUCCAUGUUACUUUUGCUACAAAGAAUACUUUACUUUUGUUGUUUCAAGAAUAUGUGAAUAUUCAGUAUAUUCCAGCUGUGUCUUCUAUGCCUGUUGGUUAAUUUUGUUUGUUUGUUAAUAUACUCAAGUGUUAAAAAUUUGUUACUAAUGUAAGCACAGUGACAUCUGACAAAAAUGGCUCUUUUACACAGAUACUCACAGCCCUGUGUAAAAUGGCGCUUUCUGUAAAUACAGAAAUUUAGAAUAAAAGGACUGUUUUUGUCUUGGUUUCAACAUU